AUGAUGCUGAUAUUUUUGUUUGUAUUUUCAUCUGUUAUCAGUUAUGCUGAAACACAAAAAGGUAAUUAAUCAAAAAGUACGUUGGAUUACUGUAGUUUCAAUCUCUCAUUUGCGACGACUUUUGUCCAGAAAGUAAGCAAUAGAACAAAAAUGUCAAAUUUAUAUAUUUUUCAUUUCGCCUCAAAUGAUUUUGAAAAUUACUCAUGUUCAAACCCUGGAAAAUAAAUAUUUCAGUUGAAACUCGUCAAUAUGUUUGUCAACGUGUUUCUCCAAAAUCUUCAAAAACCGAAUGUCGACUAAGAUUUGGAGAAGAUGAAGAAUUUGCGAGUAUUAAUGAUAAUGGAUGUUUUAUGGUGAGUAUAAGCCUCCCUUAUUUAAAAAAAUCCAUAUCUAUUCCAGAACUUUGAUUCAAUUCGAAAUGAACCAGUCGAAUUGUGCCCUCUUCAAUGUAAAAAUCAUAACAAGGCUGUUUUAAUCAAGGUUGAUUUUCUUUAACAAAUCUUUUGAAUUCAACUAAUAUUUUUAUAGACUGAUUCGCAAUGUGAUUCUGGAGUUGAAAGACGUCAAAGUGAUUGGUUUAUGUAUAGAUCUCCUAACUGUCAAAAUGAUAUCGAAUCGAGUUUUACUUUUGAAUGCACUAAUGUUGCGUAAGUUUUAGAGAGUGAAAAAUAAAAAGCCCAGCUUUUAUUUUUUUUUUCGAAAAUUUUGGUCAUCUUGAGGAGAAAAACUCUGUUUUAACCUAUAAAUACCCGAAAAAGUUAUCAAGUUUUCAGUGUUGAAUUGAUCGAAAAUCAUAUCGAGCCAGAGAUUUCCGAAGAAAUUGAAGUUCAGCAGGAACAAGGAGUAGAAGAAGCAGAAGAUAAUGAUGAUUUACCAGACAAAGUUGAUACAGUUCUUGGUUUUAUGUUCCCAGAAUAUCGAAGAAUUCAUAAACAACAAUAA